GCAACACAAUUGUUUUGAUAGCCCAAGUGAACCUGACGCGUCGGGAAAUCGCGUGUAAAUAUAGGCAGACCAGCAAAAAUCGCGGGGCGGAAUACUGAAUACUGCUAACAAGUGUGUGGGGGCCGAUCUGUUGAUUUCGCAUCGAUUUUAAAUAGUUGCCGCUGCCGAGGCGAAACAUAAACACAACACUUUGUUGUUUACAUUUGUGCAUUUAAAGUUUCCCGCAAAAGAUAACGCAUAAAAAGUGGUUACUUGUGGUUUCCAGUUGUGCCAAUACGAAAGUUUGCCAAGUUGCAGCCAUCCACAAUAAUAUUUGAAAAGUUUCCAACUCACUGAAUGUCCGAGAAUAAAGGCAUCAUGCUGGCAAAGUCUGUUCAAAAACACGCUGGACGUGCCAAGGAGAAGAUUCUACAAAACUUGGGCAAAGUUGAUCGCACUGCAGAUGAAAUCUUUGACGAUCACUUGAACAACUUCAAUCGGCAGCAGGCCAGUGCCAACAGAUUACAAAAGGAGUUCAAUAACUAUAUAAGAUGUGUUCGUGCUGCACAAACCGCCUCCAAGACACUGUUCGAUGCCGUUUGCGAAAUCUAUGAGCCACAAUGGAGCGGCUACGAUGCCCUGCAGGCACAGACUGGCGCCUCGGAGAGCCUCUGGGCGGACUUUGCGCACAAAUUGGGUGACCAAGUGCUCAUCCCCCUCAACACAUACACUGGACAGUUUCCUGAAAUGAAGAAAAAAGUGGAGAAGCGCAAUCGCAAGCUGAUUGAUUAUGAUGGCCAGCGUCACUCCUUCCAGAAUCUGCAGGCCAAUGCCAAUAAACGCAAAGAUGAUGUCAAGCUAACCAAAGGACGUGAGCAACUGGAGGAGGCCAGACGCACCUACGAGAUCCUGAACACGGAACUGCAUGAUGAGCUGCCCGCCUUAUACGACUCAAGGAUACUGUUUCUGGUCACAAACUUGCAAACACUAUUUGCCACAGAACAGGUGUUCCACAACGAAACGGGCAAGAUCUAUUCGGAACUGGAGGCUAUUGUCGACAAACUGGCCACAGAAUCGCAGCGCGGCUCCAAUACUCUACGCAAACAAACGAGCAAUCCCAUUAAGACAUCGAGUCCCGUGGAGUCGCCGGUCAGCAAGCUAAAUAAUGCCAACAUCAAUAGCAACUAUCAGAAUCAAAUCACCACCAAUGGUGGCUCCAGUCUGGCAAACAGCCCAACCUCCACAAGCUCGUCGCUGCAAGAGCCGAGAUUUGAUUCAGUUUCUUCAACACCAGAACCAACACCGGAUUCCCCGCCAGCUUCCAGCAGGAGUCCCGCGGAGAAUGGUGUGUCCGCAGCGAAGCCAAUGGAGCGUCCCGACCUUAGUGGCCUCAAUGCCAGUGCCACACAGGCGACCACAACCACACAGACCUCGCCCACGGCCGAGGAGAAGGAGAAGGAGAAGGAGGAGAAGGAGAAGGUCACUGGUACGGAGGCGGCAAAGCAGUUGGGAGCUGGCGAUGCCGCUGGAGGAGCAGAAGCCACACCUGCAGCAGCAGCAGCAACGCCUCAGGUUAAUGGGAACAACAAUGAACCGCCGACGUCUACUCUGAAUCCCAAGGAGGGCGGCAAGCAGCCCAAGGAACUGCCCAGCACCAACAGCAGCAAUGCCGAGGCAGCUGCCGAAGCGGCGGCCAACAAUGGCAACUCCAUCGAGGAGCACAAGCAGAAGAAAUUAGGUAAUGACACCGACACAGACACGGCCACCACAGUCACCACCGUAGACACCAUCAAGCACUUAGUUACAUCAGCAUCAGCAGAUACAGAUAUCAAAUCGAAAUCGAAACCGAAAUCCAAAUCAGAUUCAGAUUCAGACACAGGCACAGGCACAAGUCAGACAAGUAGACCCAUUCCUAGUAGGCACAGCGUAACUAAUCCCAAUAAGAAUCCGUUCGAGGAAGAUGACGAACGCAUCUACGAGGUGCCCGCUGAUGCCAAUACCGCUGACUUGCCGGCCGGCGUUCUGUACCGUGUGAAGGCCACCUAUGGCUAUGUCAAGGAGGAUGUGGAUGAGCUGAGCUUCGAGAUUGGAGACAUUAUUCGGGUGAUCGAGUACGAUGAUCCCGAGGAUCAGGAGGAGGGCUGGCUGAUGGGUCAGAAGGAGGGCACCACCGAGAAGGGCCUGUUCCCAGCCAAUUUUACGCGUCCCAUCUGAGAAGGUGAAGGAGGAGGCUUACCAAGGAGCCACCGAGCUAGCAACGAACCAGCAGCAACAGCAAAAGCAAAAGCAACAGCAACUUUAGUUAAACUAUAAAACACACAUCUUUUUAAAACGGAGAUCCGAUUUCCCCCUCCCCCCCCCCACAAUCUUAAAUGUUUGGCCAAAAUUUUAAUUUGUGAGCGCUGCCUUUACUCUUGUUCAAUAUUAAUAAAUUCUUGUUUUGUGAAAUG